UGCAUCCACAAUGACGACGACAAUUAAAUGACAAGCGCUUCACAAAUAACACAGACCAAGUGUUGAACAAGCGGUAGCGCUCUCUAUGAACCUGUCAUGGCACAUUCCAAGCAUUAUGCGCUCGUGCCUGUAGACAUGGCCGACACGCACGGUCGUAGUCUGAUGCCUCGCAUACCAGGUGGAAAAACUUCGACCCGCACUCACCAGGUCACCGUCACGCUUCCGGCCACGACCAGCUCGCCUGAGGUUGUUACCGGGGCGCAGACUGCGAUUCCCACGACUGCUACAACUUCCAUCAAGACCACGAUCACCAAAGGAACCACAAUCUACACUACCGUCUGUCCUGUUGAGACCACUAUCACCACCGCCGGGGCUACCGUUACGUCGACUUUAAAAUCGUUGACCACAUCCACACUUACCUCAACAUUCUCUUCGACUCUGACUGUGACCGAGGUUGCAAUUCCUACGACUGCCACCAAGACCACCGUGACUCUGGGAACCACAAUUUACACCACCGUCUGCCCUGUUGAAACUACCAUCACUACUGCCGGUUCGACUUUGACCAGCACGUUGACUGGCCAGUUGACUACCUCGACACUCACCUCGACAUACCAGGCAACCGUGACCGUAACUGAAGCUUCCGUCUACACCACUACACACAGCACUGAGACUCAACAGCUUGUGACUGUCACUGUGCCGGGACAGACGGGUACUACACUCCCGCCGGUCUACACUACGACCAUUGUAACGGACUACGACGCUACCGGUGCCAACACAGACGUGACAAGCAAGGCCACCACAACUUUGGAAGUCACCGUGACUGCGCCGAAGCCUACGACCGUCACUGGCGCUGCUACCACAUACGAGACUCUCCCAGCUUACACCAUCACGUAUACCGCUCCUGGUAACUACGGACACCCGAAGCCAUCGGUCAGCCAUUCCAAGUUGCCGAAAACUACUAGCGUCGCCACGACAUCGAAUGAAGUCUCGCCUACUCAGACAACCGCCCCCGUUGUCAGCGUAGAGACAACCACUCUCACCACCUCAACCAUCUAUACAACCCAGGAAGUUACGAUCACCUCAUGUGCUCCCACCGUGACCAACUGCCCUGCUAACAGCGUUACCGUGGUUACCAAGACCAUUCCUCUGUCCACCACCAUUUGCCCUGUCACCAUUACCGUAGCCUCGACCCUGUCUACCGAUACUCUGAUCAAGCCCACUCGCGAGACUACCGCGGCAACCGCGAAUGCUACUUCGAUCGACAACACGGUCAUUCCCCACUUUACUUAUCAGCCGACCACCACUACUGCUACUACUUCAACCGACAACACGGUCAUUCCUCACUUUACUUAUCAGCCGACUACCGGUGCUGACGCCACGACCUUGAGGCCGAAGCCAUACGUGGAUACCACCACGUCACUGGCGCUGAUACAGCCAUUACCAGUGGCGCCACCAAGCCGACCACUGCUGCCACCACUUCUGUCGAGACCAGCUUGCCUCCGAUCGUGACUGAGCUUCCCAAGACUUAUGGUGCUCCUCCAGCCUACAAACCUACGACUACCAGCAGCGAAGAGACAGCCUACCCUACCACUCAGGCCGCUCCGACCGGCUAUGGAGGAAAGGACACCGCUGCUGCCG